AAUUGGGGUAUCGAUUUUGUUACGAUCAAACAUGGCACACGCCAGUCCUUUGCCUAUUUAAGUUACCAACCUUUUUAUGUUCUAACAUUCUAUUAGCAUGUAUGCUUCAAAUGAUGAAGAAACAGAUAAUGACUAUCUUGACUUAUGAGGAAUAAAUCUCUACUACUGUUGUUAUUGAGUGACAUUGUUUUAUUAUAUAAACAUUUCAGAACAGAUUUCAUUUUCUACACAAGCGUAAAAUCAAAACAUGAUGUCAUCAUGCCAAUAUCAUAAUGGCAUCAUGCCAAAAUUUCGCAAUCAUUUGAAAUAUGUUUGGCAUAAUCGUUCCCAGGCCCUCUGAAAUCCCUGACUCAGCUUGAAACAAAAGUAUUAACAAUGGGACUUUUUUGGAACUCUGCUUCACGGAUUCCAUCGGGUCGGGUUCAAAAGCCAGGUCGCAGGACAAAAGCGCUUUCUGGAUUCGCUCCGGUUGUCUGGAAACCGUCUGGACUGCCUGAGCACAGAAUGCAUGAGCACAGAAUGCAUGAAGUUGGUUGCAUUGAGGUGCAUGGCACAAUGCAAACCUGAUCUGCUAUGAAAGAAUUGCUAACCGCAGGGCUUUAUGUUCUUAUCUGCAAAUGAUCCAUCACGAGAAUAAAUUCCAGUCGGUUGGUGAAGCUUGUGCGCGCAGGAUCUUGACUUUGGAUCAAGUAGAUUGAUAGCUUCGCGAGUAAAGCAGUGUGGUGAUUGUGCAAGGUUAUAGAGGCAUACGAGAAGGCAAGGCAAGAAUUCUGUUAAUGGAGUUUCAUGGUGAAAGUACUUAAACUGAAUGAUUUUGUACCAAGAAUAGAGAGCAAGAAAAUGGCACAGACAGACAAUUAUGGACAAGAAAUAUUUCUUGAAGUAGAAGAGCACCCAACAGCUGUUUCCGCUGAUAUUCAUGGCACGGUUCCAGAAUGGAUUUCAGGGGACUUCUUCAGAGCCGGUCCUGGUAAAUACAAGUGGGGCAGCAGCUCAUACAACCAUUGGUUCGAGGGUGAUGCAAUUCUCAAUCGAUUCCACAUUUCAAACGGGGGCGUUGAAUUUUCUUCAAAAUUUCUCCGGUCCGCCUCUUAUGUGGAAUCACAGAAGAAAAAUGCAAUAACAAUUUCAGAUUUUGCAACAAAUGCUCCGCCUGAUCCUUGCCAAAACAUCUUCCAAAGAUUCAUGUCAUAUUUUUUCAGCCCUAUCGAAUCCAGAGACAAUUGCAAUGUGAAUGUUGUGAAAGCCAAGGAAAGGUUUUAUGCAACAGGUGACAUCACCACGCUUUGGGAGAUAGACGCUAACACUUUGGAUUGCCGGGCUUCAGUUGAUAUUUCUAGACGCUUGCCUGGGGUGCGUUCUUGGACAUCGCAUCCUCAUUUCGCGCAGAAUGGAGAUUACUACAACUGCUCAGCUUCAUAUGACAACAACGUUUAUGAAUUUGUCCGCAUCCCUGCAGCAGGUAAUUUCAACGGUGAUGCUUUAGAUGGCAUCGAAGUCGUGGCAUCGCUGCCAUUCAGUCACCGUCCAAGCUACUUCCAUUGUUUCGGGAUGAGUGAGCGGCAUUUCCUAUUCAUUGAAGGCUCUCUGUUCGUAACCAAUUACUUCAACUCAGAACGCUUGAACAAAAUUGCCACGCAUCUCUUGAAUAAGACUCACAGGGAUCUGCUGAAAUUCGACCCAAGGGUCAACUCGAGGCUGCAUUUGAUUGAGAGAAAAUCAGGCAAAGUGAUUGCCAGCUAUGAAGUCGACCCCUUCUUUAGCUUCCAUCAAGUCAAUUUCUAUGAAACAGAAGACGAAGUUGUAUUUGAUAUAACAGUAUAUCCAGAUGAUUCUGUCAUCGACAACCUGUACUUAAGUAACAUUAAGAGUGGAAAGACCAAAGAUGCAUUCCCAGGCCAGCUCAGAAGAUAUCGUUUGCCACUUAAAGGUGUCAGCGUGGAGAAUCCUUUACGAAUGCAUCUACCAAGAGACUCAAUGGGGUUGGAUUAUGAGCUGAUACAUCCAAACUAUGAGAUGCCUAAGAUUAACUAUGAGCAUUAUAACGGAAAGAAGUAUCGCUAUACAUAUGGUGUUGGCAAUUCGAGCAUAAGGAAAGGACUCACAACUCUGCUCAAGAUCGAUGUGGACACAAAGCAGGCCUAUGAGUGGCAAGAAGACAACUGUUACCCGUCCGAACCAGUUUUCAUUCCAUCGCCUGAUUCAAAAGGAGAAGACGAUGGAGUGGUUAUAUCAGCUGUGCUUGGUUUGUUCCAUAAAAGUUCCUUUCUUCUGAUCCUUGAUGGCGAGACGAUGAAUGAAAUUGCGAGAGCAUACGUCCCUGCAAAGUUGAUUCCAUUAUUCCACACUGAUUUCUUUCAUUCAUAAGAGUACCUUACAUUUCUUCAAUUGCCAAUUUUUUACAUAAAAAAAUUCUAAGGGGAAAAAUAUGUUUGUACGUUAUAUUGAUCGAUUAAAUCGAAAUCAACUAUUGUAUAUAAAUAACUUCCUUGCCGUGGACCGUUAACAUCUCGAAAAAUUAGUUUAUUACUUAAGGCUCUGUAAAAUUUUCUUAUCGUGAUAUAUAAUAUUGCAUGGUCAUAAGUUUUUGCUAAAAAGGAUAUAAAAUAUUUCAAUCUAAUCUAAAUUAAAAAAUGUGAAUUUUCAGUUCUGUACAUUCACAAACAAUAUCUAGUAACUGGAUGAAAAAAAUUAGGGUGUGCAUGGCCGCUACCAUUGCUGCCACAGGACCAAUGAUAUUGUAAACUUCAAUCACGUGAUAUGUCAAUUAUAAUUAAUAUUAGUAUAUAAAUCUAGAGAUUGGAAAUAAGAAGAGAUUGAAUUUUGAUUUGAAUACAGAAGAAAAUGGUGUUCUCUUUUCAACGCUCUACCGUUACGACCUAUUACAUUACUCUUGGAGGGGGGGGGGGAGCGUAAUCCUUUGUUUCUAAGAAAAAUCUCUUUUGUUCUCAUUGUUAUCAAACAAUGGUGCC